UUAAUACCAAUGGAUUUCCUCCCUUAUUCAAUCCCUUUACUCACUAUUUAAACCCUUCCAACACUCACUCAAUAUUAUAAUUUAUAAACCCUUCCAACACUCAAAAACAUUUGUACAACCCUUUGAACAUGCAAGAAACACCACACAUUGCCAUAAUCCCCACACCAGGGAUGGGUCAUCUCAUCCCCCUCAUAGAGCUAGCCACCCGACUCACUCGCCUCAACUUCACUAUCACCAUUCUCAUUCUCAACGACGGUUCACCGCCUUCGAAAUCCCAACUCACUCUCCUACAAAACCUCCCACCCUCCAUCUCCUACACCCAUGUUUCUCCCAUCGAUGUCUCUGAUCUUCACUCCGAUUGCGCCAUUGAGACUCGCAUGACUCUCACCAUUACUCGGUCCAUCCCGGGUAUUCGUGACUCGCUCCGAGCCUUGUCUAAGGAAACACGUUUAGUUUCGGUCAUUGUUGAUCUCUUGGGCUCAAGUAUCAUACAUUUGGCCCGAGAGUUUGGCGCGUUAUCGUAUAUUUUUUUUCUUAGUAGUGCUUUGGGAUUGUGCUGUCUUUAUAGUCUACCAAAAUUGGAUAAGAUACACUCUUGUGAAUACAGAGAUUUAUCUGAACCGGUUCAGUUUGUGCCCGGUCUAGUUCCGGUUCAUGGGGCUGAUUUUCCUGAUCCGGUUCAGAAUAGAAAAAGUGAGAUUUAUCACUUCUUUCUUAGCAUGAUAGAGUGUUAUUCUGAAGCUACUGGGAUUUUAAUCAAUAGUUUUUAUGAUCUUGAACCGGUUGCCUUUGAUUACUUGAUGAAUGAUCGUGGUCGAGAAGAUAAUGUUCCUCCGGUUUACCCCAUUGGACCGGUGAUUCGGACCGGUUCAGAAGACGGGUUGAUAGAUGGGUCGGGUUGUAUAAAAUGGUUGGAUGAGCAACCAAGUGAUUCGGUUUUGUUUGUGUCAUUUGGUAGUGGUGGGAACCUUUCUCAUGAGCAAGUAAUUGAGUUAGCAAUAGGGCUUGAGUUAAGUGGGCAAAGAUUUUUGUGGGUUCUUAAAACCCCAAAUAAUAAAUCUAAUGCUUCUUUUUUUGGUGAUACUAAUAAUAUUGAUAACCCACUUGAGUAUUUGCCUCAAGGGUUUUUAGAUAGGACCAAAGGGUUAGGUUUUGUGGUGCCGAAUUGGGCCCCACAAGUUCAAAUAUUAAGUCAUGGUUCGACCGGUGGGUUUCUGACUCAUUGUGGAUGGAACUCGACUCUAGAGAGCAUAGUCCAUGGUGUGCCCUUGAUUGCUUGGCCUCUUUAUGCUGAACAAAAGUUGAAUUCCGUGCUGGUAGCUGAUGAUUUGAAUGUUGCAUUGAGGGUGAAACCAAAUGAUAAGGGUUUGAUUGAUCGGGAAAAAAUUGCUGAAUAUGCAAAAUGUUUGAUGCAAGGAAAAAUACAACGAGAGAAAAUGAGAGCUUUGAAGCAUGCGGCUGUUGCUACUUUAGGUGAAGAUGGAUCGUCAAAACAAUCAUUAGCAAAGGUGGCCGAAGAGAUGAAGAAUCACAAGAGCAUACAAGAAUAGCUGUGAUUAGCCUAUUUACAUUGAUCAAUGAUCUUUAAGAAUUUCAGUUAUUGUCUAAUUAAUGUAUGAUUAUGUUUUAAUGUUGCGUGUAGUUAUAAUUAAAAGUUUAACUACAUUAUCAAUGGAUGCGUUAGUUCAUGAAGUUACAAGCUCUUCUAGUUUUGUUUUUUUUUUUUUUUAUUCAUUUGUACUCCAAACUCCAAGUCCUUACAUCCAACUACAUGCAUAUUAAUGAAUAUGGCUUGUUCAGAGUUCA